UUCUGGUAUUUUUUAAUCUCCUGCUCCAAUCACCUACCCCUUAAUUCCCAAUUAAGGACACAGCCUGUGUGGCAAAUGAACUGGCAAGAUGGCAACACAGCUCCCUGAUCUUUUAAAGAAGAAGGCUAUUAGCCUCUGCACGUGAGAUAUAACAGAACCGCAUGGGCUACAGCCCAAAUAGCCUCCCUCUGAAACUAUUUGAUUUGCACACAACCGGUCCGGGAGAGUGCGACUAAUCCAAUCCAAUUUCCGGACACGUAAAAGGCUCGGUGAUUCAUUGAAAAAAAUCACCAAAGACAAUGUGCCGAGCUGUGCAGCUACACCUCCUGGCGUUUCUAAUUUCAAUAAAGAAAUAGGCAGAGUUACGGCUGCGCUGAGAGCGCAUCACAUGUGUCCAUAACGACGCUUUUCGCACAAGGGAGUCGUGUUCAGAGAAAACGGUUUUUAUUGACGUCAAAUGGAUGUGUGAAUGACUUUACCGCAUGUGCAGGCAUGACAGCAGCGAUCAGAGCUGCCAGUUCUGACCAAAGGAGCACCGAGAUCUUCAGUAGACUGUAAACCAGUGAGGCUGUCCAAGAGGUUUCCAAUUAGCCAGGACUGUGAGAUUUUAUUUGAAACUUUAAUGGCGGCUCGACUCCUCCAAACUCAUUGUGAAUUCAUUUAGUUGUGAGGGGAGAGAGGGACGCUGCAUCCCGCUUCUGACAGAGAGACCACUUGUACCGCCGUCACAACUGUGCCAAGAGACAGGGAGUCUUUGAAAGCCACCGGAGCGGACCCGACCGGCAUAUCAAUCAGCGUCCCGGAGAGCGACUCGCUAGGUUCGCACUGGUAAUAAAAGGUAUUGUCUCAGAGGUCUGUGUGCCGGGAACAGAGAGGGGAUAUGGCACUUUUCCCGCUUGCAAACCGGAGGAUAGCAAUAGUAGGUGGCAAACGAAUGUAAAAGCCAGUUCCCCGUCGUCUUGCCACGGGUGCGCACCGGCAAAGAGGCGCAGGACACGCAGGAUCAUCGAUUCGCACUUUGUGAUUUUUGCGCUGCGUAACCUAUGUGACAAGAGCGGAGAGGAAACGGUGAACGGUGGGAUUAAUGCAUGCGUCUCCUAAACUAAACACUCAAAUUCUCAAACCAUGGACGCCAGGAUAUUAUUUUUGCUUGUUUCUUCUGCGGCAUUUCUCGCUGAGCUGCACUGCGCCUCGCCAAGGACCACAUCGAGGACGGAUCUGCCCGCUAUCGGCUUCAGCAACAUCAGCAACAUCAGCGGGGAAAGCGGCGGCAAAAAAGACUCGAACCAAACCCAAAUCUCCAGGAACAAGAGGAAAACACUGGCCGUGGAUUUUGCGGUCCCCUCUCUGUUGCGCUAUUAUCUGGCGGAGUUCAUAAAGAGACCCUUAAACGGCGACUGCCAGACUUUUAGCGGAUGUUACACGGUGCGCGCAAACUUAAAAAUGCAAUGCAUACCUUUACAGAAAACCAUUUCUACUUUUGUGGACCUUAAGUCUGCAGCGGAAUCAGCACUGAGGAACGCGUCUGCUGAUGGACAGUUCCCCUCCUUCUACAAGCGACCGCUGACCAAAGUUCUGAAAUUGGGCUUGACGAAGGCGAGCAGGAAAUCUAACCAAGUUGUGGUGGAAAUAGGAGAGGAUUUAGUCAGGACGGGAUGCGGGGGGCUGUCUGUGUACGAGGAGGCCCCGGUGUACAUCCUGGAAAUGGACCUCACAACUAUUCUGGAGUGGUGGCUCGGCGCUGAGGGGGGGCGGCUCAGGGUCCGGCUUAUGCCCGAGAAAAACGCGCAGGUGCCAGGGAUUGAGGAUCGGUACACAGCGGCCAUUCGAGCUUCAGACCCCCGCCUCUACCUCCAGAUAUCCUCCGCGGGUGAGCCACUGAAUGGUAGGACUGCUCCUGGGAUUCCUAAAGGAUACUGGAGCUUCUCCUGGAUAGCUGAGGACAACCUCAGUUUUCCCAGUGACUCAGUUCCUAUUUCCGAUCGCCAGUGCUCUGGCAAUAGCAAAGCAUGUGACCAGCACUUGGAGGCUAUCCCAGAGUUUACGUGGAGUAUUGUGGCUGCAGGGGACCUGCGUGACGAGAGAAAUGAGAAAAGUGUUAAGAAGUCAGGAAGUCCCCAGGGUUGGGAGGAAGGUAAGAACGAAGGUAUCACCUUCCCCCGUCGCAGGGGAAUUUCAUUUUUCAACAAACUUUAUCUAGCUGUCUACUUUUGGCUCAUGUUUAACAUCAUAAACAACAUGUAAUUAUCCACCUUUAAUUAUGGGUUUUGUUUGUUAUGAAUGACAUGUAUCCUUAGAUUUUUACUGGAAUCUUCCUUUAAACGGGUACCUAAACGAUCUCACUUUGAAUCUUAUAUUUUAAACCCAACAAAUAAGUGGUGCAAAAAGCAGAGUACACUUCACUGAGCCUGUAUUCAGCGACAUCUUGUAGGCUCUUGCCUUCAAAUCUUCCAUAUCCUCCGGCAUCAUUCAUUUUCAUACCUUGGAAGAUGAGAAAACAGUUUCUUUCAUCUUAUCUCCUGAGGUGAUGGUGAAAUGGAGGGAGGCAGAAGUGUCUAUUUAUUUCCUUAAAUGUUUUUUUUUUUCUAUGAUGAGCUACAAGUCUGAGACCAGAUGGGUGGACCGUUGGAUGAAAUUGGAAAAGUGAAAUGUAUUGACUCAUAAAAGGAAGCAGUAAGAGUGAGUGGACUAUAGAAAUGAUUGAUGUCUGUCUUGUACAUCUAGCUUAAGCUGUAAAUGAAGGCAGAGGGUGCAUGAGUGCAUGUGUUGGUUAAAGCUAGAGUUGGUAUAGUAGAAACGGGACAAGACGGUGAAUAAAAAUAACACUGGGUUCUUUGAUAUCUGUUACUGGUAAACCAGGACUAAUUACUGUGUAUCAUUUGGCAAAUAAAUCAUUAAUACUGUCAGUGGUUUGAUGCAUAUUUAUCCAGAUGCAUGCCUGAGUUACAGUUUUUUGCACAGGUUAAUGGAACAAUACUAAUUAAUUAAUUACUAAUACUGUAAAAACCAGCAACCGGCUCUGCAAAUCCUUUUCACCUUACUCAACUAAUCAGAAGACACUUAAACAAAGUUUGUCAAAUGAGAGUAGGAUAUAGUUUAUUAACGUACAUAUUACUUUACUAUUUUUAUUUCAUUCAAUGCUUUUAAAAGGAUAGUGAUGUUGUGAGAUGAUGGUCACAUUUUUAUUCACAUUAAUAACGCUUGUAAAAAAUGAUGGUAAUUUCAAUAAUUGGAUCUUUGAUUUCAUAUUUUUAGAAUUACAAACUUAUUUACAGAUAAAAUAUAGAAAUAUAGAAUAUAGAAACUGUGAUUUUUAGGUUAAAUAAUCUUUUCUAAAAUAUUUCUUUACUCAGCUUUGAAAUAAAUAUUUGACCAACAUACAAACUGAAAGUACUUUAAAAGAAAGAAGGAAUCAAAACUAAAUUUACACACUGAAUUUAGGAAUUCCAGUUUUUCAGUUCAAAAUGUGUGCUGUCACUGUGAUACUAAUUUACUGUUUAUUUUUGAUACUUGCAAUACAGCAGGUGAAGCCCUGUUAACGUUCACCAACCAGGAUUUUCUUUAAUAGAUUUUUAAUAGGCCUAGAUUAUAAAACAUAUCACCAAAACAUGGUUUUCAUCCUUCCUGGAAUGAUUCUUUUUAAGUUAACUUUAAAGAUCAGUGGGAUUAAAUUAAAAACGUAUAUGAUACGCCUCAGUAUAAUUAAUGGGACAUCAGAUCUUUGUAGCGGUCUUUAUGACCCAUUUAGCAUCCAAAGCUAAGUUGUGCUUGCAUGUACCAAAAGAAAACGGUAAACAAAGCUGAUCGUGAUUGAAGGAAGGCAAUGCAGAGUACAAAGGAAAUAUAUGUGCAUAAUCAUGUUCAACCCCUCAGUUAGCCACAAUGCAGUUGGCGUAUUGUGAAUAAUUGAGCUGGGUGAGCUGCUGUCUCCACAUAUUUCACUGGCACUUUUUAAAAGAGAUGGAAAUAAGGGAUGAAUACUUAAUGGCUAUGAUCUGUGGAAUUGCAAGAGCUGUUUUCUACAGUACCUCAUUCAUCCACUGUAAGAUGUUAAACUUCGAAGCUUGUAAACGCACAGCCUUUUAUCCAGUGAUGCUAGUAUUUAGCUUUAAGUUGUUAAGAGACGAGAUGAGGAAACACUGAGGUUAUAAGCAGCCAAGGCCAGCAACCCUGAAAAUAUGGUUAAUAAUACUUUUCUAUGUAUAUUCCAAUGUGCUGUAUACAGUGAUAAAUAAUUAAUGUUGUUUGUUGUGCAAAGAAUAAAAUAGAAUAAAAAAAAAUGAUAAUACUGCUAGAACAUUCCUACUGUGACUGCAGACUUCACUUUACAUCACAUCAUUACAGGAAUGCCCACAUGGAGGACGAAACGAGCCUUUCCUACAUCUUACACAUUUGUUUAGCCAAACUAUCAAUUGAAUUUUAUAUAUACCUACAUAUUUAAAACUGACUCCAAUAUCAAUGUGAAGUACAUUUUUGAACCUGGCCUAUGCGUUAUUUUCAUAAGCACUUAUCCAAUUUAGGGUUUAGGAGGGGAGUGUUGGGGUUUGAGCCUAACCCAGCUGUCAUGGGGUGAGAGGUGGGGUACACCCUGAGCACAUCGCCAGUCCAUGACAUUACUAACACAGAGAAACGGAUGUCCACUCACACUCACAUGAUGCUUUCUGUCAAUUUAAAAUGACAAAUUAACCCAAUUCCAAUUUGGAAUGUGGAAGGAUACUUGAAUAGCCAGAGGGUAACCCUGUGCAGGAUACGCUCUGUGCAACUAAAGGCCACAGCUGGCCAGGAUGUCCAGUUGGGAAUGUACUUGCUGUAAGGCAUUGAUGCUAACCACCACACCACUGUGAAACCGACCAUUAAAGGCUAACUGAUGAGUUAGCCUUUGAGGCUAACUAACUAGAAUUCUUUGUUUAUUUGACAAUGCAGAUACAUUUAAUUUACCUCCCAAAAAACAGAAUUAUUGACACAUUCAGUUCAGAAUACAUAGAUCUGUCUGCACUUUUUUUUUUAUCCUGGUGACAGUUUAAUGGUAAAAUUGUUCACAAGAUAGUAUUGGAAAACAUUGCUGGUGUGUUGCUCUGACAGGAACAUCUCUGGCUUUUAGUUAUAGAAAUACUCUGGUGGGCGUUGUGUAAAUGGCAAGUGCCCAAAACUUGUGGUUUGUUCACUUGUCUUUCUUUUUCUGCUUUUGAGAGGUGAUCUAAAUAUUUUUGACUUGAAACAAAUGAAAAACUGACAGCUCUGUGUCUCAGUUCUGUGGAGAGGCCAGUGUGAUGGAAGGGUGUCUGAAUCUUGCUUUGCAUUGUAGUUUGUGCUGGGCUUCGGUGGAGAGUGGCCCCUUUUUCCAUUUUGGUAAAUUUGUGAAACGAAACGUGGCUUAAAUGCGCAAAUAGUCAUUAUCAUUAUGUUACUCACCAUCAGUGGGAUGUGAGUCAAGAACACAGUGCACCCUGCUCCUCCCCUGAGGCGUCAGUGUGGGCCACAUAACAGCAUUAUGAGGCAAUAGCACACUUGGCAGGGCAGUCGAGAUAAAAGACAAUCCUUCAAAUACAGAUCAAGAAAAAUCUGCACUAAUCAUGGAUUGGUUUGACACAUUAGCUCUUUCUGUUGUGAGAAGGCAAAGGAAAGUGUUUUUGCACAGUGGAUGGUUAACAAGUCCUGACAUGCAGCAGCAACUGUGGAGAGAGGUAAAGCCACAGGUAUUUACAUCCACUCAGUCAAACCAUACAAAAUUCUCUCCACCAAAUGCUUCUUCUGUGACGCUAAUUGGGUUGAUUGAAAAUGAGUCACCUCUGUAGCGCACUAUACAGAUUUUAAAUCGAGACCCUUUUAGAAGAGGCGAAACGAAGACAAAAAUGAUUUGAAUGCCUCCCCUUUCUGUGCAGAGUGGCUCGUCUCAAUUCCAUGUCUGCUCCCAAUGUCUCCUGCCAAAGAAAGUGUGAAUAUGAUUACACAUUGAUUUCUCGCUCUCUCACACAGAAUAGAGAAACAUGAGUUGGAGCUGUGAGCUGACUGGCAGGAGGAAAUAUCUGGUAGGACGCUGUUUGCUGGAGCAGCUGAUUUGUUUGUUUGUAAUAGAGUGGCCCUGAGGCUGUCUGUCAUUUGCCAACUCUAGAAGUCAUCUGAAUUUCCUUAGCUGGGCUCGGCAUUAUAAGGUUCUGGAUAAAUGGGCAAAAAUGUAGUGGGAGCUUGGCUCUGGCUUAGAGAAGCCAAUGUCCUAAUCUUAUAUAAAGGUAAAGGGAAACGCUGUCAGUGUACACUGAUCACCCACAACACUAAAACCACCUACAGGUGAAGUGAAUAACAUUGAUUAUUAUUUGACAAUGGCAGCUGUCAAGAGGUGGGCAGAAAGUGUCGUGCUUUGACGUCAGUGUGUUGGAAGCAGUCAUAUCCUUAAGCUUGCCUAUUUUCCCUGACUUUGACAAGGGCAAAAUUUCCACGGUUAGAUGACUUGGCAACUCCAAAAUGGCAGGUGUAGCAGUUAAUGGUAGUAGUGGGGCUUUGUUGCGUCUUACCUGUCAGCGUACCCACACUGACCUCUGUCCACAAUAGUUUCUAGUAAUCAUCAAAGCUGUGCCAUAGAGGAACAAAAAAACAUUUCCUACCACCUUUGACCACCCUCAAGCAACUUUAUUAUAAAGUUCAAAUGAGGGUUUUUUUGCUUUUCUCAUUUUAGUGCUUGGUGUUCAGCUGCCGCGCUUCAUUUGCAUUACACUGAAACUCUUAAUGAUUUUGAAAUACGAGCCUUCAAGCAGCAACCCCUCCAUAUCAAACUGUCUGGAAAACUCUCUUAGUGAAUGCCAUUGAUGUGUUUUCUCCUUUAACACAAUUAAUCACAAAAGAUUUAUCUGAAUACUGUUAAAACCUUGUUUUUAAAAGUAGUUAAGAGUAAUUUACUAAAACUGUUGUUAAUACAUCUCCAAACUAUAACUUAAAAAUAUGCAGAAGUAAUUUUACUUAAUGGAUGGACAAGCCAGAAUAUGCCUGUUUAGUUUAUUUAGGUCUGCUCAGUCAGAGAAACACUUUUCAGCUUGAAAACUCCAACAUCAGAAUAUCAGUCUUUUUUUUUUUAUCUUGGGGUAACUGUGAGAGCAUGUACUUCCUUGAAACAAAUUGAAGGUUUCAACAGAAGCAACAAAAACUGAAGUAGGAAACCCUUAGAUUUAUGGAGUUCACAUAGUAGUAUAGACUGCAUUCUUUGGCAGUCCUCUAAUGUCCAGUUUUGAUGAAGACAACACGAGUUUGCUUCUGCUUGCUUGGUUCUGUCUUACAUUUCUAAAGCCCAAACAGCUGAUAAGUUACACACCCACCCACAUCUAUCAAGUUAACACUGGCGGGUUAACUUAAAUUUAAAAAGAGCUUGAAAAAACAUUCCCCUCUAAGGUACGAGGAUGGGACUGAAAAUGACUUAAAAAGCAGCCAAUGUCCAAAGAAUAACUUGAAAUACCUUCAUAAAGCCUGAAAAACAAUUGGAAUAAAAACUAGGUGAACGUCUGGCCUAUCUUAUGUAAAAUAUAGAGAAAUUAUGGGUUGCUCAAGACUUUUGCACAAUUUAAGAACUCUAAGAUUUAAGAAAUCUAAAGAAUAAAUCAAAACAUUCGGUUGAAAACUAACAGAAAAAAUGAAGAACAUGCUCAUAAUUCAAACAGAGGUCUGAAGAAGUAACAACGUAGCAAACAGCAAAAAGGUUCUGCCCAUCUCAGACAUAACCUCCAGAGUGGGUGUAGGAUCUUUAAGGAAGCUUGUGUGCAAGAAUAUUGUUUUUCUGUAUUUCAUUUUCCUUGAAAUUGUGUCUGUUUAUUACAUUAGACUGAAAUGGAUGAAUGAAGUACUGGAAAUAGUUUUGGUGAUUUGCUGUGCAAAAAGACUGAAUGGUAAAACUGACUGUAAAGUUUUAUCCAUUUCAUUUAUGUUUUCAAAGCUUACCUAUAAGUUUUUUUAAUUUUAAUGGCUAAAGAGGUGUACAAUGAAAGCUAUUAAAAGACUUUGGAAUUCAAUUCAGUUAUAUUUGUAUAGCACCAAAUUAAAUCAGUGGCCUUAAUGUGCUUUAUAUUAUAAGGUAAAAACCUCACAAUAAUACUGAGAACUAAUACUGGCUGACCUUUGGGUGAAAGCGGCAAUUUUGAGUGGCUGUAUCUUUAUAGUGGCUAAAAUCUUGGUGCCUGACACCACAAGGCAACUCCAUAGACAUGAGAAGGGGGAACAUAAGUAGCAAUAUACCUUUUCUUUUUACAAUAAGAUUGAAAUCCUUCUGUAUUGCUGCCUAGUUGAAGUUUUUUUUUGGUGAUCCCAAUGGUUGGCUUGCAAUUGAGUCCUCACAUUUUAGCAACAAGCUCUUUUGGCUUAGUUGCUAAAUGUCUGUAAGCAAUGUGGCAAAGGAAAGACAACAGCUUGAGGACAUUUGAACAUAACUGACCACAAACUUUAAAGUGCUUUUUGCAAUGACUCAGUGAGGCCUACUGGGAAUACCUUCCUGAGCCUCUUCAUAAAGACCGAAAGCUCUGGGUUGACUCUGCUCCUUGCACAGUCUACCAGAUAAGAAAUAGUAAAGAAUGGUGUGUGUGAUCUUUUUUAUUAGAAACUCCAUAUAAACUUUCUUAAAGUUUGAUUUAAAUUGAGCCAGAAAAAACUUGUUAUUGCACAGUUGCUUUCACCUCUAUCCAGUGAGAUUGCAUCUAUACACAUCAAUGGUCCACUUGCCAGGCACAUAGGAAAGCCACCCAAUGCCUUUUUUCUGCACCCAGAGCCCUUCUUUUCUGAGCAAAUAAUUAUGAACCAUUACUUUGGAUGAGAGGCAAUUUGUUCUACUUAUCCAUUUUGUAGCUGAAAUGUAAUAGCCCUGGCAUUUGAAGCAAGACUGUGCUUUGGGUUUGGCCCCUCCAUCUGCAGCUUGACCUGUUAAGUAUAGCAAAAACCAGGGCACAUGAAAAAAUGUCUGCCUCUGUGACGAGACACUUGGUCUAUCAGACUUUUGUGUGGUUCUAUCUAAAAUUAAAGAAGAGCUCGGUGUUAAGGAUUUAACGGUUUUCUUGCCAGUAAAAGUUCGCGUGACCAGGAAACUUAGAUCACAUAGUUUGCAGAUUAAAUCAAUAGUGGGAAUACUGUUUGUUAGACACUGACAUUUCUGACCCAUGACAUUCUGUUCUUAAUAAACCCUCCUUUAAUGCAUGUAUGAAAAGACACAUCCUGCCUUCUGAAAGUCAAAGAAGUGCAGAAAGGAUGUGUCUGGGUUUUGUGUAGUACCAUGGAAAUGAUCUUGACCUGUGCUCUGAUUCGUGACACAAUGGCAAUCUCUUGGCUCUUAAGUUCAUCUGGAAUAUACACACCUCAAACUGGUGGACGGUUUAUUGUUGCAUUUCAAAACUGAGGUAGUAACUAUAAGAACUUUAAAUACUUAAGGAAAAUGACAUUUUUGAAAGAGCAUAGAAAGGAAACUACAUUUUUUUCCCUUUCUAUGGCUCUUUAUCUUUCGACAUCUAGUUUAGUUUUGGAAUGGUAUUCAUUAAUUUUAAUAAAAACUUCAUUAAAGAGAGCUUUUUUUUCCUCCAAGUUCCAAACUCCCACUAAUCUCACAAAAUCAGGGCAUGCUAUUAAAAUGCAACUAACACCUGGGGAGCCAAGAGCAUCUAUAGAUAUAAACAGUUUAAGUUAAAAGUAAUACAAGGCCACUUACUCAUUUCCAGAGGGACCUUGGUGACAUCAAAUGAAAUAUAUGAACCCAGCUUGCUUUAUUCUCUAGACUCUAUGCUUCAUGUUGUGCACAUAAACAUUAAUGAAUAAAUGGAGAAUAAAUAGGCAGUCAAAAAAGAGCACAAAGCACACUGUAGCAGGCUAAUGUCAGAAGGAGCAGAUUACCUUUUCUUAUUUAUAAAUGUAUAAAGUGAAAGGGAGAGUCAGACAGUGUGUGUAUAUAUACAGAGAGAGAGUUAAUGUAUGUUAAUGCUUCUUUUGUAUUUGAUAUGAGAUAACGAAGACACUCAACACUCUUCUCUGUAUUCACACCUCACCUGUCACGAAAGCAGAUGCAUGUUUUAAGAUUUAAAUACAAUUUUCUAAGGUGACUGGAACAGUAGAAAACCACUUUAAAGUGUGAUAAACGGUAGAAUGUUGAAUAAUGGAUGUUUUAUCUUUAGCAGCAGUACACUUCCAGGGUUUUGUACAGGUAGCUUUCACUGCCUAAUAACUGAAUCUGGAUCGUUUGGUAUAAACAUACCAAACAUAAUAGACAUGCUGGUCUACAUUUGGAGAGAGAUGAUUACAGCAUGAAGAUCCAAGUGUGAAAACACUAUCAGCUGUGAGGUACAGGUAGGCUAACUGAGCAAAACAAGAAAGGCAAUGUGUGAAAUGUAGAAGGCUUUUUUUGGAUAUAGGAGGGUAAACACAAUGAAACAUACAAUAGGUGUGAGAUACUGGCUCUGUAUGUGAGUGCAAAAUGGAAAUCUGCCAAAUCAAAGAUGUGGAGCCAUCUGCUGCGAAAAUGGAAGCAGCUGAAAGAAGUUUCGUUUGUAUUGUCAUUAUAUGUCUGUAUUUUGUUUUUCCACUUUGCCGUGAUGUCACAGUCCUUAGGAUUGGCUAGGGAACUCUGUUAAGUUGGAGAGAGGUCUUCCUCCCAGCCCCUCCAGUCCUUUCUGCCUGCUUCAUUUUUAACCACCAUGUUUUUCUAUUUGAUAACUCACUGCUAAUGAGCUGCUAAAGAUUAGACAAGGUUGUGUUUCUGUUUUCAUCAAUGAGUACACCUUGGGGGCUUUUAUGGACCUAGAAUUUACUGCGUCAUCAAGCCCAGAGAGGCAUUGAAAUACCACUUUUUAAGUGUUAACCUUGAAGUCCUGGUUCACUGAGUAUGCCGUUUCCCUUCUAUCUUUACGUUCAAAUAUGUCCAACCCAACAAUCGUUCCAGUCAUUGUCAAUAUGGCAGCAAAUGACCCACCUUCGACCCUGCUUCUAUAAUGAACUGCCCUGCUCUAUAAAAGCAAGGUCAACAGAGUGUAUCGGUGCUAGAUUAAGCUCACCAAUUUUUUUCCUUGACAUGUUGUUUCAAUAGAAUAUUCUUGCUCUGGCCAAGUUAAUUACCUUGGCCCACUAUAACAUCAAAAUUACCUCAUCACCUCUUCAUGGCUUUAAAAUUGCUUGGCUGCCAUGUGGGAAGCUGAUAUUUUUUGCAAAAUGAUUCGUAGAGUAAUAGGCCUUAUUACGUGUUAGUACUGUGAGGCGGAAAAAGGAAAAGAAACCUUAAACGUUGAAACAUUCAUGCACUCUUUGUUGACUUCUGUUGACUUCAUCAGUUCCUCACUUAAUCAUAGGCUGGCACUCCUGGCAAACUAUCUCCCUGGAUAAUAAUUACCUGCAUAAGCUAAGAAGAUGCUGCCAUUCUCUAUUCUUUCACUCCUGCACGUUUAAUGAACUACAGUUAAAAGACAAAUAAAACACAAGAAAGCAAUUACAAGUACAGCGUACCUUUCGAAGACAAAAAAAAAAGUCUCAUUAUCUCAGCAUUCAUUUUUAUGUAAUUAGGAUACAGUCCAUGGACUAUCCAAUUAGCAUACUUAUGUUGUGUGGCUGACAUCCUGACGUGUGUUGUGUUGUGUUGUGUACGUAUUUAUAGGUAUAUUGUUUUGUAACUGAGCCUGUCUCCUGUGAUUCUUAUUAUAAAUGCCUUAAGGGACCAGAAGCCUCAAAUUAUCCAGCCAAUCUAUCUUUACUGCCCCUUGUGAUACGCAUUAUAAACUUGUGAUAAUAUGGUUGCUUUGACCGUUAAGUCAGUACAUUGGCGGCAGUUAUUUUAAUACCACAACAUUCAGAACACUGUGAUUAAUGGUAGCAUGUUUAAUGAGCAUUAGAGAACCCCCCAUUUUUCCAGUAGAAGUAAAAAUCAGAGCCCCGUUAAAUCAGUAAGUCCUCUAUUUAUUUGCUAUAAAGUCAGAGAGGUUCUAUGAUAUUAGGCUUACUUAUUUUAACUGGCAGAUGCUCCUCGUUUACCAUUGAGUGGAUCAUCGAUUCUUAAAAGUCAGAUUGAUUGGUUUCUUGAAGGCCGAUGUCUUCCAUACUCAAUCCCAUACCCAUAUCCUGCCUGCUGCCAAGAUAUCUGCGCUUACUCAAUCAGUCUGCUUAUUGAUCCUGACCUGAACACGGGGAAAGCUGGCUCAGUCUCUCAUUCAUCCAUUGAAUUACCUGGACUUACAUAAAAUGUGCACUAGAGCUUUGCCAGUUUAUACUGUUGAGGUAAACUGUGUGAGCAGCAGAUGAGAAAACUUCCUGGAGGUCUGUGGUGAAAUCAUGUUGGGGUGUUAGAUGGCUGUAGGGUUAUUGCCAGAAUUAAUUUAGUCUUCCACCUGCACCGCAGCUGUAUUACCUUUGAUUAAUUGAGCUUUCUUGAUGGUGACUCCCCGAAGGCUUCACAGGUGUCUCGCUGAACAGUGUUCUAACUUUGCUCUAGUUCUCCUGCUGUUUCUUUUGAAGCAUCUCACAUCAGAGACCUUUCUACGUUUCCAAACUUGCUUGCAGGUCUCGUGCUUUUCACAUAUUUUCCCUUCUCAUUUCGAAGCAAAGAUUAAGACACAUAAGCUCAGUGACAAAUGUUACCCCUUGGCCUAGCUUAUUCAUCCCUGGUUUACUAUCUUCAACAGCAAAAUGUUGCACUCGUCUUACUCUAAAAAUCGCAAUAAAGCUUUAAAAAAAAAUUAUAAACUAGAGUGAAAAUUCACUAUCUCUACUUGUGUGUCACAAACUGUAUAUAGAAAAACGGGAAAAGAAGAAAAGAUGCUGCCUUGUUUGGAUGUCAUCGUUUCAUGAUAUUACAAUCUGGUCCAAAGGUUUUUUGUUUGUUUUUUUCACAUACUGAAUGUGCCGAUAAAUUAUGGUCUGUUUUUAGGCAGCACGGCAGUGUGAUUUGAAACUGUUUGAAUUCACUGACUUUUCUCUUUCCCUUCGCGGUGCAGAAAACAGUGUAAUAACACCACUGAUAAGGAAUGCAGGGGAAGACAGAUAACAGCCCCACAGACAAAUGUUUCAAAACUAAGAGCAGAUUUUAUAAGUGAUCAAGCUUGUAAAGAAGGUAAGAUUAAAUACAAAGACUGGAAAAAUGAAAGAAAAUGAUUUUGACUACUGUUGAGUCUAUCACAUAUAAGAAUCAGUCCAGAAGCGAAGAAAUAAAUGUGCUGGUGAAGUGACCCAUAGACGGAAUAAUUAAACAUUGUACUAUCAGUUUCAGCAUAACGAAUGCCUUUGUGACACCAGCCGGGCAGAAAGUAAUUGUUUUAAUAAUAAUAUAAAAAAAAAAAAUCUGUUGUUCAAAGGGCUCCAGUUUUAACAUUUCAAACAUUUUUGUCAUUAACAAAAUUAACACCCAUACACACCCUUGUUAAAAGAUCAAAAUAGAUACGGUUACAGCCAGGUUUCUUUGAGAAAUAACCACCCUCACCACCAACAACUGCAGUUGGAUGGUCUUUUAUACUAACUUAUAAUUUUUAUAAUUAGGAUUCUUGUGACUAACAGGUGUUUGGCAAAACAGGUUGAAGCAGCUGCCUCUGAGAUUAAGACCUAAUGUCUUAUCUCAUCUAAUUGGGGUCACAAAGUCUUUUGGAGGAUUUUUGUUUUCAGGAAUUAUCUGACAAAUGGUUGCUGUGUGGUCAGUUGCACUGUGCUCCAGUUUAGAUGAGUAAAAUUGCACAGCAGCAUUUUGUUUGUAUGCUAUUCAUUUUUUAACUACUUAGCACUCAACCCGCUCAGCUAAAUAUGGCCCUUUCUGGCUCCACAGACUAUGAACUGCAACUCAUAAUGAUUUUAAUUUCCUAGUGUACAAUGACUAGUUUCUUUAUUUGAUUCUUCAGUUAGUAUUUCUUGCUUGUUUUUAAAAGGUAUUAUAUUUGUGUGAAUCAGAGUCACCGUUAUAAUUUUUUUUUUACUUGUUUGUGUUAGCCUAAGCAAAGAGGGGAUUAAAAUUAGUUAACAGACAAAAGAACAACUCUUGACUUUAAAAAUGCAUUAAAACUGUGCUUCCCUCCUCUGACGAAUUACUUUGUCAUGGUUGAAUUAAUUAAAAUCAUGAGUUUGUGUGCAUGCGCCUUUGUUUGUGUAUGUGUACAGAAACGCAUCUCAUUUGUUAUACUUCACUGGUUUGUUAUUUACUGUCAUCAAGUUCGCUAGAAAAAGUCAAAUGCUGCUUAGAGACAGCUUUUCCAGCCUCUGAGCUCCUCUGCAGAUUAUGUAUUAAACACCUAAAUCAAAGCAAACUAUGACGCAUUGUUUGUGUUAAAGGGGCCAUUCUCUGCAGUCACAAGCUCAGAGGAACACUAUUUGUAAAGUAUACUGAAGUCGAACUUGAUAAGUUCUCUAGUUUUUCUGUGUUCAUUGAUCAGUCUCUUAGAAGUUAUAAUAAUCCCACCUGCAGUAAAACCUUGUUAAUUUACAUACUCAACCGAUGAUUUAAAGCACAUGCCGCAUUCUUUAAAGGAGCCUUCUGGUUUAUUUGACCAUGGUGUAUUUUCAGUUAAUGUUGCUUAUAUAGAAGAUAGAAGGUGUUCCCAAUUUGCCUUGAAAAGCCUCUCUCGUCUCUCUUGCUACUUUUGGAUCUGCAAGUCUUGUUCUGCUGCUUAAAGGCAAAGUGAUGCAGGUUGCAGGGAGCCAAAUCUAGCAAGUAGGACAUGCAGUGGUAAGCAAUGGUUAUAUUGGUGUCUACUGCCUUUUCGGUGUCCUGUGAAAAAGACACACAAUGCAAAGCUGGCACAAGCCAUAGUUAAUAUCCUUUGCACCAAGUGUUCCUCCUAUGAUGCCUCAGGACAUUCCAGUCAAACGGAGUUGAUAGUAUUUACUGUUCGCAGUCCUAUGAAUGUCAAAAAAGGAUGAGCUUGCUACUGGCCACAGUCCUGACCUGAUGCAUGCCUUAGGGCUUAGGUGCUGUGGCCUUUUCCACUGUUCUUAUCACUAGUGAUGAUCUUUGACAUUAGUGUCUGAGGAGUUUUACACAGAUGUUGCCCAAGUUUGAGGUCAGUGGUGAAAUUGCAAAUACUCACAAACAAGUGCUCAGAACUAAACUUCUAAGGAUCUAAAGGCUGUAAGGGGAGAUUGGUCAAACAGAGUCGAUACGUUAUUCUGAAAUAUGAAACUCUGAAAUAAACUCAUGGAAAAAAAAUUGAAAGAGAUGACCCUGUUCUUUGCCAGUCAGUAGUGACAGUAAAAUGGUCUAAGGACACUGUAGUUCGAUACAUCAUAGACAAGCUUGCCACCUCAUGACUGAGUGCCUUUCCCUCUCUUGAGAUUUUCGAACAAGGCCAUGUUUCUGAUGCUUCACAAGCUUGACAAACACAUUAGAGAGGUGGAGAAAGAAGAUUCUAAUGUAAUCAUACCCCACAUCAAUACAAAAGGCUUAGUGUUAACACAGCAACAGGAGCACCUUGAGCUCCCUCUGUCUAGAAACAGGAGGUACUCAGGUGCAGUAUUGAGGUGUAGGUUGAACCACACAAUCACUGUACUUUAAUGCUUACAAUGCAGGGAAAUAGAAUGUAUUAAAAAGAGAGCUUUAGGUCAUGGCUAUGACAGUGCAGUAAAAGUAAAACAUAAUUCCUCUUACCACCAAGUAAAAGCCGUACAAGAUGGCAUUACUCAAGUGCCUCAAAAUUACGCUAGUAGAUGAUAAACGAAUCCAGCAAUUGAUGUUUGUAUAGUAACAUAAAUAAGUAGUAAAAUAUUUGGAUAUAGAAUAUCUGGAGCAGGGUUAAAGGUACUAUUUUGAAUAUCAUUGUUUUGGGUGGGGCUCCGAAAUUUGGUUGUAUUUGGUAGCAGCAAAUAUUUAAGGCUUCAAGUGAACGAUCGAAUAUUAGGCCAUUGCACUAUAUUGUAAACUGUGCCUAUUUUACUGCAGAGCUCUAAUGAUCUAUACCUCAAACCAAGGUUCCCAACUGGAGCACAGUGGUACUUUGUACACUGUACUGACUGUAAACGUGUGCUGCUAAUCACACUAACCUGCACCCCUCUGUACAAUGAUUACAGGAAACCCUGGAAGAAAGAUGCCACUGGCAUUUCAGCACUAGUGGAAGGUUACAUUUUGAAGGGAACUCCAGCUCUAACACUUGUCCACUCUCAGUAUGGUCUCCCUUGCAGCCUCUGUGCUGUGCAAGUUUCACAAUCCAUUUCUAAUUUUCUGUACUUUGAACGCUUUUUCUACUGUAUGGAAGACAACAGGGCUCCAUUGCCUGUGGCUGUGAUUGAGCCAAGGCUCAUGGGCUUUUUGUCUUUUGCUGCACUUCAGGGUUAAAGCAUUCAUCUGUGGAUAUGUAAUCCUUUGCUUUCCUCGAUAGCUUUAAAUAGGGGGUUUAAACACUCCUUUAUAGAGUGCUGACACUAAAUAAAACCUUUUAAACAAAUAAUUACAUUCAAACUAGGCUGACACUCACUACUCACUCAGUCAUCAUGCUGCAAUCCUUCUAACUAUAUAUAUAUUUUAAAAGAAAAUUGUCAGUAUUAGAUAAAUCGUAUCUAGCUAGAAGAGAGUUUUAGAGAGAGUUUUAUUAAUUUCAUACUAAACUCUUAAAAAUGAAACUAAAAUAAGGAAACUGGACUGUCUAAUUUUGGACUUUGUAAAGUUAUUUUAGUCUCCAUUUAUUAAAUGUUGAGUUUUAGGGUGCUUUACAGUCAGUUUGUAGGCUGCACGCAUCUUUCCAGGAAGGGGAGGAAAUCAUAUAUUACACAUUUCAAAAGCUAUUAUUUUUUUAUUAGCUGUCAGGAAUCUUUAGCUAAGCGAUGAUUGAAUUUGGAAUCAAUUCUCAUUUAUUCAUGAUCAGUAAAUACAAACAUGGCCACUAUGUCUUUCACUUUCUCCCAAAAUACUAAAUCCAUUUUUUUUUUUUUGUCCACUGCAAUGAAAAUGAAACAACUCACUGUCAGGCUAACUGGUUUUACUGAUGGGAGAAGAGCUGAAAAAAAAUCUCUGGAAACUUAACUGCAUUAAUUCAGAAGGAUUUUAAUCUUCCUGCAUGAUAAU